CAGCGCGCAGCCGCCAUCUUUUUUGGCGCUGGCUCUGCAUGGUCUCUGCUGUUUCUCCUUAAUAGUGGUCUCUGCUGUGGAAAAGGAUUUUUUGCUGUUCCCCGCGUCCUCCGGCCUCAGGAACCUGGAGAUUCCGGCGUAUUCCUGAGUCGUAAGCUUCCCUGAGGCGAUCUUGGCAUGAAGGAAGAGAGAGCAUUGAGGCGCAUUCCACCAUCAGCUUCAGAGGAUGGCAGCCAUUGAUUUGCCCUGCGGGUUUUUUUCCAGGGAACCAAUCUGCUCUUUUGAAGAAAAGACAAAGGUAGAAAGGACAGUCGUGGACUACCUGGCAAAUGGUUAUCAGGAUUCAGUGACCUUUGAUGAUGUUGCUGUGGAGUUCACCCCAGAGGAGUGGGCUUUACUGGACACAACUCAGAAAUACCUCUACAGAGAUGUGAUGCUGGAGAACUACAAGAACCUGGCCUCUGUGGAAUGGGAAAUACAACCUAGAUCCCAAGGGCCAUCACAUCAGCAAGGUUUUUUGAAGAACGAAAUAUUCAAUGGGCUACAAAUGGAAAGAAGCUACAGGUUAGGGAAACUCUGUGACUGUAAGAAUUGUGGAGAGGUCUUCAGUGAAUGGUUUUUCUUUGAGACACUCAUGAGAGCUCAGAAUGGAGGGAACACUUCUGAGUAUAAUUGUUAUGGAAAUGAUGUCCUCUCUGUGCACAAGAAACCCUCUGUUGGACAGGAACUUUCCAAACUUAAUCCAUGUGAAAAAGUCUUCACCCUAACUCCAGGCCUUGCUGUACAUCUUCAAAUUCUCAAUGCAAGAAAACCCUACAAAUGUAAGGCAUGUGGAAAAGGCUUUAAGUAUUUUGCGAGUCUUGAUAAUCACAUGGGAAUCCACACUGGAGAGAAGCUCUGUGAGUUUAAGGAAUGUAGGGGAGCCAUCACAGCUUCCUCACAACUAAAGCAGUGUAUAACAGUUCAUACUGGAAAGAAAUCCAAAAAGACUAAGAAAUGUGGGAAAUCCUUCACUAAUUUUUCUCAAGUUUCUGCACAUGGGAAAAAUUAUAAAGGAGAGAAGUCCUUUGAAUGUAAAGAAUGUGGAAGAUCCUUUAGAAAUUCCUCCUGCCUUUAUGAGCACAUACAAAUUCACACUGGAAUAAAACCACACAAAUGUACAGAAUGUGGGAAAGCAUUCACUAGAUCAACUCAACUUACUGAACAUAUAAGAACUCACACUGGAAUAAAACCCUAUAAAUGUAAGGAAUGUGGGCAAGCGUUCACUCAGUACUCAGGCCUUGCUAUACACAAAGGACAUCACAGUGCAGAGAAACCCUACCAGUGUAAGGAAUGUGGGAAAGGCUUCACUACAUCUACAAGCCUUACUCAACAUACAAGAAUUCACACAGGAGAGAAGCCUUAUAUAUGUGGUGAAUGUGGAAGAACCUUCAUUACUUCUUCCCAUCGUGCUAAACAUUUGAGAACUCAUACUGGAGAAAGGCGCUAUGUAUGCAAGAUAUGUGGUAAAGCAUUUAUGUAUUCCUCGGGCUUUAAUGUUCACCUACGAACUCAUACCGGAGAGAAACCCUUUGUAUGUAAAGAAUGUGGGAAAGCAUUUGCUUCUUCCUCGCUCCUAAGUAGACAUGAAAAAUUUCACACUGGGGAGAAAUCCUAUGAAUGUGAGGGUAUGAGUGUUAACAUUUAGCCCAUCGGUUGCCAUCUUUAAUUAUUGGCAGUGAUACCAAAGAUCAUCAGAUUUGUCCUAAAUGCCUUACGGGGGUUGUAAUGGCUUACGGAUUGGCCUUAGGUGCCCUCCCAAGUGUUUGAAAUUAAACCUACUGGUUCUGAAUACAGUUUCUCCAUGGUUGCCUGCGUCUGGGCAUGUCUGAGUCUGGGGUGCUGAGGUCAGUACUGCAUGCUGCCUCACCUUGGUUAUUACGUUCAUAGGAUCAUAGCAUCAACAAGUCCUGUAUGAGAUAAAUCAUGCAAAUUGGUCCCAGACCCUGUUGGUUAGUAGCUGCCAGUGUGGCACAUUCACGUCAAAAUUUACCAGAAGCCAAGAUGAUGUAGGCCUCAGAGGCGGGUUUUUGAGAAAUGCUCCUCGAAGGAUCUCUUCUGUUCCCAUGGAUCCUGGAGAGCAUGACAAGAAAUAAACCAUCCUUAACUGUCAGUGCACUUUCACAGCUGAUUAUUUCUAUGUCCCCUUCUUGUGAAAUCUAAGAAAUGUGACAGCCUUGCCUGUUCUGUGCUGCCUUCUCUGUCCAUUUUAGGUGGCACCAUCUAAGUGGCAGUAUCUCUUCUAAUAUUAUAAUCCAGUCUUUCUCCUCACUUUUGAUAAGAUACCUGAUACGGUCCCACUCAUGAUCUCUUUAUCAAAUGAUUCUUUAGCCACACUUUUUUUU